GCCAAGAAUGUCGCUGUCCGGAGGACAGCAAAGUCAAAAAGUCGAAAUCUUUUCUCCAGACAUGUGAUUCGGAUAUUUAAAGUAGGCAGUCGCCAGGAUUGAAACAAGACAAAUCCGUUAGAGAAUGGAUUCCCCACUGAGCCAACUGUUUCACCUGCUCCCAGCUUUUUUGGCUGUAGCUGCUCUAAAGCUUUGUCAUGGCGCAGAUACGCUUUAUGCUGGUGAAUCUCUCACUGGAAACCAGACAAGAAUAUCAAAUAAUGGAACGUUUGAACUGGGUUUCUUCCAGCCACCGGGCUCAACCAAAUGGUAUAUUGGCAUCUGGGUUGCCCAGAUUUCGGAACAGUCGGUCGUGUGGGUGGCCAACAGGGAGAACCCACUGGAGAACAAUGCAGGCCUGUUCACUCUGACGAGGGCCGGGAAUUUAGCCGUGUUUGAUGAGGGCGGGGCCUGCGUCUGGUCGGGCCAAGGAACCGACAGAGGGUCAAGGGCGACACUACAGGAGAACGGCAACUUUGUGGUGCUCAAUGGCAAGGGAAGCACAGUUUGGGAGAGCUCCCGGCAGCCGGGAAACACAUUGCUGCCCGGGAUGAAGAUCAUCAAAGGCCAAAAGCUAAUUUCAUGGAAGAGCACCUCUGACCCGGCGCCCGGGCCGUUCACGCUGGAGCUCGACCCGUCGGGACCCGGAAAGUUCGUUUUGCUAUGGAAGGAGUCGAUCCGGUACUGGGACAGCGGGGAUUGGAAUGGGCAGUUCUUCAGCAGAUUGCCGGAAAUGGCAACCAAGUAUGUCUACGACUUCAGCUUCGUGAACAACCGGACGGAUACUUUCUUUACUUAUUCGCUGACGCCGGGCGUCCGGCUGCUGACCCGGUUCGUUCUUGACCAGGUUGGGGAUGUCCGGCUUUAUACCUGGAUCAAUGACAAUAACUGGAACAUGUUCUGGUCGCAGCCUCAAGACCAGUGCCAGAUCUAUGAUUUUUGCGGGACUUACGGUAUCUGCAGGCACAAUGAUAAUAUCCGGUUCUGUAACUGCCUUCAGGGCUUCGAGCCCAGGGACUCUGAGGCCUGGAACUCUCAGCAUUGGUCCGGUGGGUGUGCGCGCAAAACGCCUCUGCAUUGCAAUGGUGAGAGCGCCGACGGGUUUCUGGAAUUGCAAGGCGGGUCUUUACCCGAGCCGGGACGGGGAGAUAUUUCAUUGGAGAACCGGACCCGGGAGGACUGCCAAUCUGCUUGCAGGAGCAACUGUUCAUGCGUAGCUUUCUCUUACACGGCGUCGAAAUCAUGUCGAAUGUGGUCGGGGAAUUUGCUUAACUUGUCUGACGAUGUGGACGACGGGAAGAACUAUUCUGUCUUCAUUCGUUUAGCUGAGGCAGAUUUGCCACAAAAGUUCAAAACCCAUGGCCGGUCUCUGAUCGAAACUUUGGUGGCGGUUAGCGGGUGCUUGGCUGUGAUGGGAGUUGUUUUUUUGGUGGGGUUUUUGUGUUGGAGAUCGGGUCCGGAGAAGUACAAGGACAAUGUGCCCGGGUCGCUCAGAAUGUUCACGUACAAAGAGCUGCAGAUUGCGACCAGGAGUUUCUCUGAGAGAUUGGGAGGCGGUGGGUUCGGAUCUGUUUACAAAGGGGUGUUGCCGGAUAAGACCCCUGUGGCGGUUAAAGCGCUGGAGGGCUCCAGCCAGGGUGAGAAGCAGUUUCGCAUGGAAGUCAGUACCAUUGGAACUAUACAACACGUCAAUCUGGUAAGGCUCCGAGGCUUCUGCACAGAGGGUUCAAAUAGAAUGCUGGUGUACGACUACAUGCCAAACGGCUCCCUCAACUCUCUCCUCUUCCCCAAGCCUAAAACGCAGCAAAAAGUCCUCGAGUGGAACACCCGGUUCGAGAUCGCCCUUGGAACCGCCAGGGGCAUCCUUUACUUGCACGAGAAGUGCCGCGACUGCAUCAUCCACUGUGACAUCAAGCCCGAGAACAUCCUCCUCGACGCCGAAUUAAUCCCCAAGGUCGCCGACUUCGGUCUCGCCAAGCUCGUCGGCCACGACUUCACCCAUGUUUUAACCACCAUGAGGGGAACGAGAGGCUACCUCGCUCCCGAGUGGAUCUCCGGCACGCCCAUAACUGCCAAGGCGGACGUCUACAGCUUCGGGAUGACACUGCUCGAAAUAAUCUCAGGGCGCAGGAAUCUGGACUUCAGCGCACCUUCCAGCAAACUGUUUUAUCCGACGUGGGCGGGCAGUCAGAUGAAAUUGGGGAACAUGACGGAUCUGCUGGAUGUAAAGCUCAAUAGCAAUGCUGACAUGGAGCAGCUGAGAAGGGCGGCUCUGGUGGGUGGGUGGUGCAUUCAGGAUGACGAGGAUGCCAGGCCCACCAUGGCCCAUGUUGUCAACGUGCUCGAAGGGAUAGUCGAUAUUGUGGAUAUACCACCCAUUCCAAGAUCUCUCCAGUUGCUCAUGGAGCAGGGUGAGGGAGGAGGAGCAGCCCACUGCGAUUUUCUCUUCUCUGAGAAAGCCUUAAUGAUGAAGAAACAUCUCUAUAAGGAAACACCCACCAAUGCCGUCUGAUUGGAAAGUUUUCUAAAUUCCUCUUUCUUCCUUGGAUCAGAAGAUCACAAUUACUAGUGAUUACAGGUAUGCUUGCUAUGAAACGGAGGAGGAGAACUAGAUUUGUUAGUAGGGAUCUUUUUUGUGUGCUGUAGUGGGAAUCUCUUUACAAAAUUUGUCAUGUUGGUAGGGAUCAAUCUUCUAUUUUGUUGGGCGAGAUGUUUGGAUGCCUUGAAUUACUUGUGCGUAGCGUGUUUUGUUUUGAAACUGAUAUGUGCUUACAUUUAGUUUAAAUCGGUGGGACCGAAUCGCCAUCGUCUACUGAAAAAAAAUCACUAGCAUAGAAGUUGGCACUGAUACAUGGUGCUCUGAAAACAGUGUUGCUUUUUGCACAAUCCUUGUGCAUUAAUCUCUUUCAGGCAGUAGCUGAUUCACUUCACCGCCACGCUCACCUUCAUGCUAGCACGGUCAGGGAAAUUAUUAUUUAAACAACUACAGUAAUGUUUCCGAUAAUAAUUCUAAAUCUGUAAAUGAAAACGAUAUGGCUAGCCAUUUUUUAUC